AUGGGUUCCGACCCGCAGUUUGCCAAAUACCCCGAUCUCUCCCUCAGUCAAGACAUCUUCAACCUCUCGAACCCAGCAUGCCACUCUUCUCCACGCCAGAAUUCGCUGAAGAAGCUCCAGGCCGCCAUACAAGAGCACAGCAUGGCGCCGCUGUACAGACACCUUGCCCAUCCGGUAGAAGGUGUACUCAAUAAUGCUGGAGAGGGCACGUCACAAUCCCCUGCAGCGGCCGGCUCAAGCCCAGGCAGCACCGGGGUAGUAGUGAUGUCUGACAUGUUAGCGCGGAGGCCAUCGACCAGCAGAUCUGAAUUGGCAUGGGAUGAGAAGCUUUAUGAUCGUCUGGUGGCGGAGAAUAAGCGGGAGCUAGAUGAGUUGGCGAAGGAGGAAGAAGAGGCGGCUGAGGCGGCUGGCGAGACAGAAGUGCAGGCCGCAAGGGGGAAGAGAGCAGAACUCUGGGCCAGAGUAGGCGAUAAGGAUAAAGCCAUCGCUGCUUACGAGGCCGUGUUUGAAAACACCGGUGUCUUAGGUACCAAGAUAGAUAUCGUGCUCGCCAUGGUUCGUAUCGGUCUUUUCUUUGGUGACAAGGUAUUUGUCAAGAAAAUGGUCGACCGCGCAAACACGCUUGUUGAAUCUGGAGGUGACUGGGACCGUCGAAAUCGUCUAAAGGCCUACAAGGGUCUUCACUUGCUUACUAUCCGCAACUACAACCUCGGCGCACCUCUACUUCUUGACAGUCUGUCGACAUUCACCAGCUAUGAGCUCUGCAGUUACUCCAACCUAGUCAUCUAUGCUGUCCUCGCCGGAUCGCUGUCCCUACGACGUGUGGACUUCAAGGCCAAAGUAGUUGAUGCACCUGAGAUCAAGGCUCUGCUAGGUGAAGGCGAGGACAGACUAUCAGCUCUGUCUGGGGCUCUCUCCUCAGGCCCUGGAGCCGGUGAUGAAGAGAUGACGGACGUGGAGACCAGCGCUACCCCCACCCCCGCCGCAACCUCCAAAGUAGUCAACCUUACCACCCUAGGUACCGAGACUGGUGUCCAAUCCGAGACUGAAGCGCCUGUCGACUUUACCCCUUUGACCAAUCUGGUUAGCAGCCUCUACAUGGGCCAGUACCGUUCGUUCUUCUCCGCAUUGGCCGCAGUGGAAGACAACUUCCUCAGCCAGGACAGGUACCUGGUCGAGCACCGUGCCUGGUUUGUGCGUGAGAUGAGACUACGGGGCUAUCAGCAGUUACUGCAGAGCUACCGUGUGGUUGGCUUGGCGAGCAUGGCCGGUGAUUUCGGUGUUACUGUCGAUUUCCUUGACCGGGACCUUGCGAAGUUUAUUGCUGGAGACCGGAUAUCAUGCACGAUUGACCGAGUCAACGGCAUCAUUGAGACUAACAGACCAGACGAUAAGAAUAAGCAGUACGCUGACGUAGUCAAGCAGGGAGAUGCCCUGAUCACUAAACUACAGAAGUACGGGCAGGCUGUGCGGUUGAGAGGAAGUGAGCGUGGCUAA